GGAGGGUAUGUUAACAGGAAGCAAAGGGUUGGUUUUUUUCCACGGACCCCCUGAGCUAGAACAUGUUCAUUGUGAAAAGUGAAGCGCCCGCACACCGGCGGGGCCAUUUCCAGGCUUCCUUGGGGGUACUGUCCACCCCCUCAGCGCCCCUCUUUCUCCCUCACAGAGACCCACUGAGACGAGCCGCUCUCUCGCCCCUCUGCGCCGCUUGCAGCCUCCCGGGCGGCUCCUCCCCUCCAACUGGCCCCCGGAACCACACGUGACACGCGAGAAGGGGCCGUGCUAAAGGGAUGCUUCCCGGCCAGGAAGAGAUGGAGGCGGCGGCGGCGAACAGCAUAGCUCUGCCUCAGCCUGCCCCUUGCCCGGCUAUCCUAAGCCAAGAAGGGGGGCUGGCGGGCACGGAGCAGCGGAACUCCCCGGUGGUGGUGGAGAAACUGAAAACCGUCAGCUUGGAGGAAAUCAUUACAUCCAAACCGGGGAAAACACCAAUUCAGAUGUUACAUGAAUAUGGCACAAAGGCUAAUCUCAAUCCUGUAUAUGACUUUGAAAAAGCUGAGGGGCAAGUGCAUAUGCCAGUCUUCACCUACAAAGUCACUAUGGGCGACAUAACUGCAACAGGAGAGGGUCCGAGCAAGAAAAUUGCAAAACACAAAGCUGCAGAAGCUGCCCUGAACAUUUUGAAAGGCAAUUCAAAUAUUUGCAUUUCUGUGCCAGACCACUUAAUCCCUGAAUGUCUCGAUCAAGCACCAAAUCAGUCCAAUCCUAUUGGAUCAUUGCAGGAGCUAGCUAUUCAGAAGGGUUGGAGACUUCCUGAGUACUCACUGGCACAGGAGACAGGGCCACUCCAUAAGAGAGAGUUUACAAUGACUUGCAGAAUAGAAACAUUUGUAGAAACAGGGAUUGGGACUUCUAAAAAAUUAGCAAAGCGAAACGCCGCCGAGAAACUACUCGAUAAAUUCCGUAAUUUUUCUGGAGACAAUAUCACUAUUUCUUUAGGAAAAGAACAAAGUGUUAAUUUGGGAUGUACAUGGAGCACCUUAAGGAACUCUUCUGGAGAAAAAAUUACUUUGCUGAAAAUAAGUCCGCUCAGUAUUCCUAAUACAGAUUAUGUUCAUCUUCUUGGAGAACUUGCAGAAGAGCAAGGUUUUAAUACAAAAUACUUGAAUAUAGAGGAGCUGAGUGUGAAUGGACAAUACCAGUGUCUUGCAGAACUUUCAACUAAUCCAAUCACAGUUUGUCACGGGACUGGAAUCUCCUGGGGCAAUGCCCACAAUGAUGCCGCUCACAAUGCACUACAAUAUUUAAAGAUCAUGGCUGGACAGAAAUAAGAUUCAGGUAAAAGGGAAAUAUUUAAGGACGUAUCCAUCCAAGCCGAACAGUUUCCAGAUCAUUGGAGCUGUGUUUUUUUAAAAGUCACAUCACAAAACCCACACACGUGUAUACAAUUAUGCAUUAUAAUGAAAUAAUCACCGCAAGUAUGUUAUUUAUCUGGAAGUCCAGAUACCACCACAGCCGCAGGCGUGGAAUGAGAUACAGAAUUCACCUUUCCAGAAUCUGAUGAAUGAGAAUCCUUGGAGCCAAAGCCCAAAGCAAACGUUGCUCUAAAUGAGCAGCUGCCCCUCAAAUUGCAGCCACAUGUCCAAUUCCUCCCAUUUGCUCCAUAUUCUAGUUCAGAAAAACUUUUGACAUGACAUUGCAGUGAGAAAAGAGGAAUCUCUGAUGUCAUGACAUGAGGUAAGUUCUAGUGGGUGUAACGGGGAGGGGGGAGGAACUAGAGGCGUGGCUACCAUUUUUUGUUGGCAAUCAUGUUUAGAAUGAGGUCUACCUUGAUUGUUGGAAAAUGGCUUUCUGUGGUCAGGAACAGGGCUUGCAAUCUCAACAUGCUCCUUUCCCUCCAAACCUAUAUGUUGAUUUUUGUUUAACACUGCAUGACUCAUUUAUACUUCAUUUCAUGACACAAUAUCCAACCCGGGGGGGGGGGGGGAGAGAAAGUGUUAGAAUGCCAGGUGUGCUGUGGUCCAUGGGGUCACAAAGAGUUGGACACAACUAACAACAACAAUGAAGUAUUUGUGACAGAAAUACUUCACGAUUUGUUCUGAAUACAAUAACUUCCAUUUUUUUUCCUGGUUGUCGAAUUAGGGGUGGAGUUUGGCACAGAAUUGUAGAACUGUUGUCUUUACUGUAUCAAGUUUUAGUAUCACAAAGUAGCUUUGAGCCUGCACUACAUAUAUACUGAAGCUUACAGGCUCCUUUGUGAAUACCUGUGUAUAUGGGAUCUUAAAACCAAAGUAUCUGAAAUGUUCCAGUGCUUUGAAAAGCUUUAUGUUAUGGCCAUGGGAUAUUAUCCAUUUUCCUGUGUGUGGAUUUUUCUCUCAUUGUGUGAACUGUGGCCUUUUUAAACCUAUGGUUUGAAGAUUGAAUUUUUACAGAAAUAAUGACUCUAUUAACAUCACUGCCCUUUUUCGUAAGGUAACUAUAAGAAUCGGUCAUUCUUUAAUAAAUUCUUUUAAAGAGUAA